AUGGACCACGGACCACCACCAAAUCCCAACGACUUAUUUGAGUUUACUGCGCCGGUUACAUUGAACCCGAUGACAGCCGCCGACCAGAACGAAAUGAUGGCGCUUUACGAUAGCUCCAUGUUCACAAACUUCGACGGCUUGCCAAUGAGUCUUGAUGGCCUUAAUGAUAUGACUGCUGUCCCGCCGCAAUCAUAUCCACCAGUUUCCGCCGCGGCAAACCCGCAGGUCGCACUUAUCCAUAAUGACGCUAUGCAAUUUACAUCAAAUACCGGUGAUAGCGCUGUCCCACCGGCGCCGAGUACGGCCAUUGCUCCAAGUUACCCUACCCCCGCGCAGCCUACUCUACAAGGAGGAAGUACCUUGACCGAAUUCACCAAGAGGAGAAAUUGGCCCGCAAAGGUUGUAGAGGAGCUCAAGGACUUUUUGCAGAUACUGGAUGCCCACGGUAGAAUUAAAUAUGCGUCACCAAGCGUCACGUCAUUGACUGGUUAUGGAUCAGAGGAGCUAGUCGACCGGUUCGUCAAGGAUCUAAUUCAUCCAGAUGACCUUGGGACCUUCACCUCGGAUAUGAACGAAUCUAUAGCCACCGGGAACCCGCUGCGCAUGUUCUAUCGUCUUAAAAAGAAGGAUGGCAGUUACGCCAUAUUUGAAUCUGUCGGUCAUGCACAUAUCGCCGCAGCUAAAUUCGCGCCAAAUCCGGAAAAUCAGUCGCCCUUCUGCCAGUCGGUAUUUAUGAUGUCACGGCCGUAUCCCACGAAGAACGCCUCACUAUUAGACUCAUUCCUGGAGCACAAGAUCGAAAAUGAGCGAUUGAGACGGCGAAUUGCGGAGCUUCGAAGGGAAGAGGAGGAAGAGGAGGCAUCUCAGCAAAGCUGGUUCACGAGUCAAGAGGGCAGAUCAGAUAUUGCUCCAUCAGAGGAUACGAUGAUGACAUCCUCUCAGAGUCCUGCUUUGUUCACCCAUACAAGUGUAGAUUCACAAGCCAUGCCGCCUCCAGAAAGACCAACGCCGCUCAAUGUAGCAUUAACAAGGGAGAAUCUCGAGGGGGUGACAGCAGGAAACCGGCCAGAUUCGAUUAGGGAUAAGAUGGCAAGAUAUGAGGGCGCGUCACAUACCGACACUAUCGAGAUGUUGACUGGUUUGAGAUACGUUGAAGGGGAACGAAGCCGUGGUAUCACUACCGGUAAUUCUAGUCCGACCCUAAUCAAGGGCGACGUUGGGAUUGCAAUACCGAUCGAUAGAGACCCUAGAACAGGAGAGAAAAAGAAGAAGCUUAAAGUCGCAGAAGAAUAUGUCUGUACUGACUGUGGAACACUUGAUUCCCCAGAAUGGAGAAAAGGUCCCCAAGGACCUAAGACUCUUUGCAACGCUUGUGGCCUUCGAUGGGCGAAGAAGGAGAAGAAGAAGAAUGCUAAUAGUGGAGGUAAUAUGGGCAAUUCCGGUCCUGGGCAUCUUCCUAUACCCAUCAUGGAGCAGCAGUGA